AUGUCUGACCUUGAAGACGAGCUGCUUGGUGACUUGGAAAAUGAUCUAGAAAAUCAGAGCUCAUGCGAGGAAGCUGAUACUGUACAUUCCACGGACUUUCUAAGUGUUACUAAGGAGGAGGACCUUGGUGUAUUACAUUCACUUGAUACAGACGAUGGGAUAAUACCCAGAGACGAAGUCUCCAUUGAGGCGUAUCUCAAGAAACUUUUGUCGCAUUAUAAGGAUCCUUACAGCUUUUCAUCCAUCGAUAGUAUUGCAGAAGUUGACCCCAAUACCAUAAGUGUACUUGGAAACAAUAUUGAAGGUUUGAAUAGCAUAAUCAAAUCAACGUUAACUGAUGAGAUGUUUUUAAAAAUCCUUCCUUUCCUCAACGACAUAAUUCUGAACUCGAAAAGAGAUAUUGAAAACCUCCACACCUUUAUGAUAAUGCAAUAUAGAAAGAAGUUUCUUGAACUGGACUCUCUGCUUCCCAACCCAGUAAAUUAUGCAGAUGUUGUGUUUGUUUUGGAAACCAUGCAAGAUCGCAAUUCCAAUGAACUAGCAACCAUCUUUGAAUCAGAACUUCUGCUGAAAAAAGAACAGACUUUGGUCCUUACAUUAUCUAUAAAAACUUCAUUGAGACAGGAUGUCACGUUAGAGAAAUUGAUCCAAAUUAGACUCUUCCGUGCCAGAGCAAUGAUCCGUCAACUUUCUGAUCAUCGAGAAAGAAUAGUGAAACUGGUUGAAUCAAAAAUCCAUAUAAUAGCGCCAAACCUUACUGCUUUGGUUGGAGCUGAAACCUGCUCUUAUUUGGUUGGUCACGCUGGCAGUGUUGUUGCACUGAGUCUGAUACCAAGUUGUAAUCUAUCUUCCAUCGGCAAGAAGAGGCAUCUGUCGCAUGAGCUGCAUACGAACAUAUCAGGAGUUAGACAAGAAGGUGCGAUUUAUCAUUGUGCACUUGUAAGAGAACAACCAGUCACUCACCGUAAACAAAUGCUACGGAUGGUUUGUGCUAAAGUCUCUCUUGCUGCGAGAGUAGACGCAGGACAGCAAGGAAAGUCCGUACAAAAUACCACCCUGGGCAACAGAUGGAGAGAGGAGUUGUUACUGAAGAUAAAAAAAGUCAAGGAGGCCCCUGGAAUAGUCAACUCCAAAGUACUACCGAUUCCAGAGGAUAAACCAAAAAAGCAUAGAGCUGGCAGGAAAUUUAGGAAAUACAAGGAACAAUUCCAACUUUCACAUUUACGACAGUUACAGAACCGUAUGGAGUUUGGGAAGGAGGAAAACACUGUGCUCGAUGCAUAUGGCGAAGAGAUCGGAAUGGGCAUGUCGCGAUCACUACUGCAGGAGGUAAGUGGUAGUGCGGUACCUAGUAAAGAUACCAGGGUGAAUAACCGUGCAAAGGUAACCAAAGUGAUGAAACACAGACUUGCAGAGGCAAACCAGCAGAGCGACGAGUUCAUAAUGACUCUUGAAGAAUCGCAUCCAGGUAAAGAAUAA